AGGUAACCGUUGAAACUCAUUCGUACUCAGAGACCGUUCUCAGACCGAACAGUCCGGAGUUGAGUUUCAGAGCCGCUCGAGCUGUUGUGCGGACUCGACAUUCCAUCGCUACUGGGACUUCAAGCAGUCAACCCCGUUUUUGUGCACGUACACACACACCCAUCCAAUCUCAACCAAUCAACACACGCCACUACUACUACUACUACUAUCCGUCAUACAUUUCAAAAAAUAAGAAAAUAUAUAUUUUUUACAUUCACAUCGAUUUAAUUUCCUUAACCAACCGCAAACAUGUCCGACGAUGAGGAACAAUACUCCAGCGAGGAGGAGGUCGAGGAAGUGUAAGCAGCCGGAGAAGAAGAUCGAGGGUAGGGCGUCCCAAAAGGACUCCGCGGAGAAUCCUGAGUUUAUGAAGAGACAAGAACAGAAGAGAAGUGAUCUAGAUGAACAACUUAAGGAAUACAUCGCGGAAUGGAGAAAACAAAGAGCCAAGGAAGAAGAGGAGCUCAAACGACUCAAGGAAAAACAAGCUAAGCGCAAGAUCACUCGCGCAGAUGAAGAAAAAAGAUUGGCUCAGAAGAAGAAGGAAGAGGAGGAACGUCGUCAACGUGAAAUCGAGGAAAAGAAACAACGCGACAUAGAAGAAAAGAGACGACGCCUCGAGGAGUCUGAAAAGAAACGUCAGGCUAUGAUGCAAGCAAUGAAAGAUCAAGCAAGCAAGAAAGGACCUAACUUUACCAUUACCAAAAAGGACCUCGGGGGUAAUCUUUCAUCCGCCCAAUUGGAACGUAACAAGACGAAGGAACAACUUGAAGAAGAGAAAAAGAUAUCUCUGAGUAUUCGUAUAAAACCAUUAGAAAUUGAGGGUCUGUCAAUCGAUAAAUUACGUUUCAAGGCCACCGAAUUAUGGGAAUCUAUCGUUAAAUUAGAAACCGAGAAGUACGAUCUUGAGGAGAGACAAAAACGUCAGGAUUACGAUCUUAAAGAGUUGAAGGAACGUCAGAAACAACAGUUGAGGCACAAGGCUCUGAAGAAAGGACUCGAUCCUGAAGCUCUCACUGGCAAAUAUCCUCCGAAGAUCCAAGUUGCAUCGAAAUACGAACGUCGUGUUGAUACCAGGUCCUACGAUGACAAAAAGAAAUUAUUCGAGGGUGGUCUGACCGAACAGCAAAAGGAAAUCAUGGAAAAACAAUGGGCCCAACAAAAAGAACAGUUCCUUGGUCGUCAAAAGACGAAAUUGCCGAAAUGGUUCGGCGAGAGGCCCGGAAAGAAAGCUGGCGAUCCAGAAUCACCUGAAGGCGAGGAAGACGUUAAAGCUGCAGCCGAUGAUGACCUGGAGGAACCACAAUUCGAUGAAGAAGAAGAAGAAGAGGAGGAGGAGGAAGGUGAGGAGAAGGAAGAAGGUGAGGAAGAGGAAGAGGAAGAGGAGGAAGAGGAGGAAGAAGAAGAGGAAGAAGAGGAGGAGGAAGAGGAAGAAGAAUAA